UAUGUUUUCUACCAGAAAGAUGUCUUCGAAUCAGUUGAGCGGAACCAACGUUUUAUGGUCUCCGGUUUUCCUGAUGGGUGUUAGAAGAUAUACAAAUGAUUUUAGCGUGUACAACUUCGAGCGUAACACAGACACUUCUAUCCCUAUCUAUGUGAACUAUAAGGGCUUUGUCCGCUUCUACUCGCCAGAAGUCAGGACCACCUUCUGCCCCAUAGACGUCAAGUACUUCCCCUACGAUACGCAAAACUGCUCGAUAGUAGUUGGCUCGUGGACCUAUUUAAAAGCGAUGCUGAACAUCAAGAACGACAGGAACAAAGUGGAUCUGCAGUACUUCACCCGUAAUGGGGAGUGGGAUGUGUAUGAGACAGGGGCUAAGAUACACACCAUGACUUACUCAGAGGGCAGCUUUCAGGAACUGCACUUCUCAAUCAUCAUAUCCAGGAAGCCGUUGUACUAUGAGUUCAACCUGAUGUUGCCGACCGGGAUGAUAUCUGGGAUAGCCCUGCUCGACUUCCUCCUCCCCUGCGAGAGUGGGGAGAAGAUCAGUCUGGCCAUCACUGUCCUCCUCUCCCUCUGUGUCAACAUGCUCUUCGUCUCCAAUCUCAUGCCCGCAACUUCGCUCACCAUUCCUAUAUUAGGAAAAUAUUUCAUCAUGACCAUAGCGAUGGUGUCUAUGUCCCUGGUGCUGACUGUGGGUGUGUUGAACCUGCACCACCCCAACAGUAAUGUCACCACCCUCCCCAAAUGGGCCAAGAGACUCUUCUUCGACAUAUUGGCCCCCCUUCUCCUAUUGGGAAAGUACAAAGAGUACCUGGACGACGAGGACUCGGAAAUCAACCGAGAGAUGAACGACCAGUUCCAGAGCGAAGCACUUGAGAAGAAAGUGUUUAAAGAGAGCAAUUACUGGAACGGAACAGCUUCUUCGCCUCCUGUGAGCCCCAACAACGCCUCACAAAAUGAAGCAAGUCACAGCAACAGCAAAAACUUACCAUAUAGACUUUACCAACAAGACAAAAGUAAAGACAGAAAAAUGAUGGGAAAACGCGAUUCAAUUAAGACCAAGAACCCAUUUAUCCAAAGAAGGUCAACUCUUCAUACUAUGCUCUACCAAGGCAUGUUCAUGGGCUCACCGUCAGUUAGCGAGAACUUAGUAAACAAUAACCUGACAACGUCGGGUUUCUCAAACGAGGAGUCGCGAAACUCGAGAGCCGAUAUCGGAGACAGCGAAGCGAACGAACAAACAGUUAACAUGCGUCUGGACAGAAUCGAAGACAUCUUGCUUUACUUGGCUUGUAGAUUGAGGAACCAGGAGAUCAUGGAGAACGUCAAGCAAGAGUGGCGAUUUUUGGCCGAGGUGAUUGACCGGGUGCUGGUGAUUGCAUUCAUGGCCGUGACUUUCUUCUGCACUUACCACCUAAUCUCAAACGCCAAACAGGGGGGACACAAUGCAGCUGUGCAUAUGGCCAACCAGUUGAACAAGUCACUCAACAUCACCUCCUCAACCACACACACAGACACAUAGUCAUAAGGACACACCAAAACAACAACAAAAACAAAAACAAAAACCAAAACAAAAACAAAAUUACUAAAUCAUUAAUUAACCCAGCUCGUCGUAGGGUCUUCUCAACUACCCUCUUCCUAAAUUACGUCUUGACUUAAGCAUUAAUCGUUGUGGCAACAGUAAUUUUUUUCAUAAGUUAUUAUGGCAACAGUAACUUGUUUCAUAAUUUAAAUGUUCACUCAAUUUAAGGCUGCCAUGAAAACGUUCAAUUUUAUUAGAUAUUUUUUCUUGCAUACAAUAUAUUGUUAAAUCUGACAUUCUGUUUUGUAAA